AUGCAGGAGCUGUGUCAUCUGGAUUUGUCCUACAAUCGCCUAAAAGAAUUCCCGUGGUCUUCUCUUCGUAACAUAUCGCAUCUUACAGAGCUAAAACUGAACAACAAUGAACUAUCAAAAGUUGACGACUUCGUCCAAGCCCACCAUUGCAUAAGAUAUCUUCAUCUUCAAUCCAAUCGCAUUACCGCGAUUCCCGAAUCUUUUCUGAACGGAUUCAGGCCGAUCAAUCCACCAAGAAAUACUUUCUUUCUGCGGAUACACCAGAACCCUUUCCUCUGUGACUACAAGAUCCAGUGGAUCGCUCGUUUGCGGCGAUGUGUGUGGGAACACCGGGAUGAAGGCUGCAUUGACGCUCCUUUGUCGAAAGUGAGGACUUGCAUGUUGUCUAACUGCAAUUUCCACCCGAUUAUUGUCAUCCUGGACAUGCGCGAAUUUCGCAGCAACAUUAUUCUUCUGCCUAGUGAGAAUACGUUACUAAGGUGUGACUCGCCGCAAGAAUUACGAGGAAAAUUGCUGAAAGACGUCACUCUGCCGACCUGUGCAUCCCCCAGCGCAUCGUUGUUGCUAGUAUCGCCUUCCAUCUCGGGUCUCAUCGACGACACAGAGGUGUUCAUCACCAGGUGA